AUGGAGAGAAUAAAGCCCUACUUUCCAAUUUUCACUUGGGCUCCUCGAUACCAGCCAAAAGAAUAUCUUUCUCGCGACAUUAUUGCUGGUCUCACUGUAGCUCUGACUGUCGUGCCACAGGGUCUCGCAUACGCUAGUUUGGCGAAGUUGCCGACAGAAUAUGGACUUUACACUUCCUACGUUUCAGCCAUCGUCUACACAUUCAUGGGCAGCUCGAAAGAUCUCGCCGUCGGUCCCCAGUCCCUGACUUCGAUGUUGACGGCGCAGUACUGCAUGCGACCAGAAACGUGGAUUCCGAUGGCUGGCGUCACAUCUGAAUCGGACCCGAGAUUGGCGAACUUGCUCUGUUUCUGCUCCGGAGCGAUCAUUCUUCUUCUCGGAAUUUUCGAUCUGGGCGCUGUCGUCAACUACAUUUCAAAUCCUGUUCUCGUUGGUUUUAUUUCAGCUGCCUCGAUCAUCAUCCCCUUUUCUCUUCUCGAGCGAGUGUUUGGUCUCUCUGGCCUUCCUGGACCUUUCUACCAGAAAAUGGUCGCCAUGGUCAUGCGCCUUGGAGAGUCGAAAUACUACGACGCAAUUAUUGGACUGAGCACGCUCGCUACUCUCCUCGCCUUGAAACAUCUCCGAAUUCACUUCGCAGAUCCGAAAGAGGGCGACUCCGCGCUUGUGAGGAUCUUGAGAAAAGUUCUUUGGAUCGUUGCUACUCUUCGAAACGCCUUUGUGCUCGCCAUCACUUCUUUCAUUCUUUAUUCUUCUGGAAACAACUGCCCCUUCGCUGACGAGCCCAUCGAUUUGAACAUAACCGACCCGAACGCAAAAGAUUGCAUCACUCCAACAACCAUUUCUGCCAUCACUUUGCCCCCAAUCGCCUUUCCCGACACAAAUAUCGAGCUUGAGAAUGGCGAGUCCGCCGGCAUCGUUGACAUGCUAACGACGCUUGGAUCCGGAAUCAUCAUCGUGCCAUUUGUAGCGAUUCUUCAGUCGAUUGGGAUUGGCAAGUCGCUCGCCGAGCGUGGCAACUAUCAAGUCAACGCACGAAACGACUUUUUGGCGAUCGGAACAGGCGGUGUGAUGUCUUCCUUGGUUUCUUCGAUGCCGGUUUCCGGCUGCUUUUCAAGAUCAAGUCUCAACUUCGAGUCGAACGCUGCCACUCAGGCUGGAAACCUCAUCACCGCCGUUGUUGUCAUGAUCUCUGCCGUCCUUCUCGCCGAAUACUUCAGAUGGAUUCCUACUGCAGCGCUAGCAGCGGUGAUCAUGGCCGCCGUCGGUUCUAUGUUCGACUUUGACGCGAUCAAGCAGGUCUGGACGCUUUCGAAAAUUGAGUCGAUCCCGAUGAUUGCCACUUUCGCCCUCUCCUGCGUCGAUUUCCGAAUCGGCAUCGUCGUUGGAAUCUUCCUGCACAUCGCGAUGCUUCUCUACUCUCAGAACAGCCCCCAAAUCACCGUCGUCAGCGGAGCAAACAAGAGCUUCACGAUCAAGAUCGCUCACGGAAUCGCCUUCCCCGUUUGCGAGACUCUUUUGGAUCGAGUCAACUUGCUUUUAAAGAAGAGGAGGAAAUCAACGCAGUCGCGCUCGACUUGA